AGGGCCCCUCUAUCCAUAUUAUCCUAUGUAUACGUCUUAACUCUGAAAGAAUUUCUUCAUGAUUUAUUUAUUUAUCAAGUUUUAUAGAAAGCGAGGCCUGUCUUCCAAAUUUGUCCACAUUCCAAAUUGACAGAUCGACGAGAAAUAGAAAUAACAAAUUUACUUCCUCAAAAGACGAGCAGAGAAGAGAAAAAUGAUAACAGACAAUCAAAAAAAGAUUCAGCAGAGAACGUAAGAAAUCCGUCUUAAACUCGGAAGAAUGUUUCUCCCAAACGCACAGCUUCAACAAGUGCUACCUACCUACUACUUUUUGCAGCUUCACAGGUCACAGAGGGUCCACAGACAUACUCAGAAUCGAAACAAGAUAAGGUCAAUUCGGGUUUGGUCAGUAUGGGCGUGCAUGAGCCGCAGAAACUGCCAGGUUACCGGCAUGGCCGUCGACUUCGGGGUACGUGUCAGUCAUCUCGGAUAUUUCAAACGGGCUCACUGUUUCAAAAUUUGGGACCGGGAACAGCCGGUUGUAGACCGGGCGUGCCGGUGGGGUUUCCCUCGCACGGGCUCGGAGCGCUGCAAUUGGGCCUCAAACUUGCAAAGGGUCGUGCGUCCACGUGGCAUGGGUUAA